UCUCUCUUGAACUUUCUUUCUGCAGGUUGAGGCUAAGUUUUUGUGCUGAUGAUACAAUACAUUAUCUAUUAUGAAUGUCACUUUUAAAAUUCAUUAUGAGUUUUAUCAACCUCAGUAAUUCAGGUCAAUGGAUUAGUAUGCAGAUUGAUAGUUUCUUCCUCUGCCUGAAAAAGUGUUCAUUGAAACCACAUGCUUCUUUCGCUAAAUGGUUUGAUAUCCUCCUGACCAACUUUAAGGUUUUUUUUGAAAUGCAUUCCUUUAUUUUGGUGACGAGAUAUGAGAUGUGGACCGGAAGGCUAAACCUCACACUAACUGGACACAUCGAACAAGCCUUGCCGUCAACAAAAAAUGCACAUAGAUGUUCUCUGCUGGUAAUGACAAACAAGUUAAAUGCUGAGACUUUGAGCCGAACAAGGUGGUCGGAUUCUAUCUACCGGGUCUGGGAUAUUCAUAGCAAGAAGCAAGUUCAUGCACUGUCUGGGCAUGAGAAUACAGUUUGCUCAGUUUUUACUCGACCUACAGGUCCACAAGUAGUUAUAACUGGCUCCGAUGAUAAAGUUUUGGGACCUUAUAUAUGGUAGAACAAUAGAAACUCUUACGCACCAUAAAAAAUCUGUGCGAGCAAUGGCUCUACAUCCUACAGAGUGAUAAUGGAUGUUUAUGGUUUUGGAAUUGGAAGAGUGGUCAUAUUCCAGGCUCACACAAGCACACCCCUCUUAGUGAAUUUUUCAAUGCAAGAUUACUCUCUCUCUUUCUCCCUCUCUCUCUCGGUGUGCAAGUUUUCCUUCUGACCUCAAUGUUUGGUGUGCAAGUUUUCCUUCUGACCUCAAUGUUUUUUGCCUAUAGGUGGAGGUCAUUGCUUUAUCUAGCUACAAAGAGAAGGAAGAGCAGUUUCCAUUAUUAUAACAUAUGAUUUUCAUUUAUCCAGCAGCACUAUUGAGCAUGUUUCUCUAGGUUGUUGAUAAAUCAUCUCUAGAUUUGCUCUCAAUGCAUAUAUUCUUCAAUCAAUGCCCCUACCUUGUUCAGCUCUGGGAUGUGAAAACCUCCAGAUUUCAACAUAUUUUGAUCCCUUUUCAGUGAGUUUGUUUUCCUUAGAAAGAAAAUUACUCAGCCACAAUAAAACCACGCCGUCUUUGGAAACACAACAUUCUAGCACUUGCUAAAAAAAUCAGCUCCCUUUAGGUUUUUGAUUGCAGAAUCAUCUUGCAGUCUCAGUCUCUCACAUUAUUUAUGUAAAUUUAAGUCCUAAAAUUCCUUUGUAUUCCCAAAGAAAUUUGACGUAGGUAGAAGGAGAAAGGCCAAACCUGCAAUUUAGAAUCUAUUUGUUAUGCCGGUUGAAAUUUUAGAGGGUAAAUUUGUGAAUGUUUAAACUGAGGAAAUCUGUCCAGUCGAAGUUAAAGCCAACCUAUGCAUACAGAUAUGGAUAUCCAAUUAUGAAGUGGAGGGUGUCACGUGUAGUACUGUGGUUGUUACUUCUGAUUUUAUGGGGUAUUCAUAGGCUUGCAACCUUUUGUGUCCUCUUAUACAGGUUGCUCAACUGAGGUAGUAUUUUUUCGAUUCUAUUGCUCCAGGAGGGCUUGCAGGGGAUAGAAGAGGUGUUGUUCCUAGCUCAGGAUUUUCUUUCAGUGCUCAGCAGAUAUGGAAAGUUAUAAAAGAAAAUAGGUGCCUAGACCUUCCUGCUCACAAGGUCAUGGUUGUCACUGUCUGUUGUGAAGAGAUUGCCAGUGAUAAGCUAAGACGCUUGACCUCUGAUGAGUGUUGGUAGGCAUUGGAGGAAGCCGUUCAAUCUGGUUCAGUACCUGGUUUUGGGAAGAAGCUCAGUUCAAUCUUUAGAUAUCUAUCUUUCUGAGUAGGGCAAAGUAAAUUUAUUAGUGUGUUGUGUUAAUUUGUGGUUCAACUACUUUUUUUUUAUAUUUCGAGGACGAAAUUCUUUUUAAGGGGGGAAUGAUGUGACAUCCCACUGUUUCAGUAAAAGGAACAUAUAAUAUUUUUGACCCAAAUAAUUAAAAUCCUUCAUUUUUCUUUUUUUCAAACUUCGUUCUAAUAAAAAAAAAUGUCGGCUGUUAUUUACUUAAUGUAUUUUGAAAAUUUAUCUAAACUCGAAUAACUUAUAUUGAAAUUCUAAGUUGGGUUAUAAUUAGGGAUUUUUCCCUGAUGAGUGAUCAUUAAAUGUGGAAGAGAAAUUUCAGGCUGAACGUGUAAUUAGACUAGAAAGUUGGGUUUGUAUGUGGUCAGUUAUAUAGGGAAGGCAUGUGGUAGGGUUUGUUUUUUUAAUACAUCACAUUAGAGAGAGUGUGUGCGGCAGAGAGAGAGAGUGCAGAGGUGGAUUUCGGUACAGUGGGCUAUCGAGAAGUCCCUCGGUAAUAAUCUUCUCCUUGUCUUUUUCUCUUCUUUGUGCGGGAUAUGUAUUUCUUAGCUAUAUUAUAUAUGUAGUUUGGGUUUUGAUUUGUUAUCAGUGGGCUACCAAAGUUAGCAUGUGGCAAGGCGUUUUGGUGUGUGUGUGUGUGUGUCGAGAUGAGAGAAUUGUGAAAUUAAUCCUUAGGGCUGUUCUUGGAGUUUAGUUAUGGAGAGUCAAUAUUAGUAGUAAUUAUAUUGUUAUUAGUUUCAGUGGUAACUAGAGUAGUCAUUUUCAUUAAAUUGAUUUC